AUGACGAGCAUUAAUAGCAAAGAGUCAUCGGCUCAAGCGAGACCUAUGGUGGAGGAAGAUGAGCUCAAGACGGACAAUCGUCUAGCCAUUGCUCAAGGCAUGUCAGAAGAAGAGUUUUUGGACGCCGAAAAGAGCCUCAAGCGCAAGCUCGAUGUACGCCUUCUCGCUUGUUUCUGGCUCAUUUUUGUCAUGAAUUAUCUUGAUAGAAACAAUAUUGCGGCGGCCAAGACUGCUGGCAUUGCCAAGACCUUGGGAUUGACAUCGACUCAAUACGCGACUGCAGUAGCCAUCUUAUUCAUUGGAUAUAUCCUGGCUCAGAUUCCUUCCGAUAUGUUCUUGGCCGGCAUUCGUCCUUCCAUCUAUCUUCCAGGUUGCAUGGCUUUGUGGGGACUACUGUCCGUCCUGACUGGGCUUGUCCAUAAUGCUGCCGGUCUCUAUGCCGUACGAUUCUUUCUUGGUAUUGUUGAAGCUGCGUUUUUACCCGGUGCCCUCUUUCUUAUAUCCUCCUGGUACCGUCGCUCUGAGAUGGGAUUUCGCAGUGCCAUUCUUUUCUCGGCUUCACAGCUUGGCAGUGCCUUCUCUGGGUUGAUUGGUGCCGGUAUACACAAUAGUCUCAAUGGUGCUCGCGGGUUGGAGUCGUGGCGAUGGCUUUUCCUCAUCGAGGGCUCCAUUACCAUAUUCAUUGCCUUUUGCUCCAUGUUUAUACUGCCGGAUUGGCCAUCUACCACUCGCUGGUUGACUCCCACGGAACGUGCCGUGGCCGAGUGGCGUCUGAUCCAGGAUGCAGGCCAGGUCGAUGAAGACGAUGGCAACUGGAUGCAUGGAUUCAAGCUUGCUUUUACAGACUGGCGUCUUUACAUCUUUGGCUUCAUCUUUAUUUGCAUCCAAGUCACUUCUGCCGUUUCCAACUUCUUUCCAACUGUUGUCCAGACCUUGGGGUUCAAUACGGUUGACACGCUGCUCCUCACAGCCCCGCCUUAUAUCCUGGGGCUCAUUGUCGGCGUCGCCAACAAUUGGUCUGCCGAUCGCCACAAGAACUCUUCAUUCCACAUCAUGUGGCCAAUGGUUAUGAGUAUCAUUGGUUUUGUCAUUGGGGCCGCCUCCCUCAAUACCGGCGCCCGGUACUUUGCCAUGAUGCUCAUGAUUGGAGGGGGCCAUGGCUCUAACGCGGUACUGCUGGCCUGGACGCAAAAGACUCUUCUCCGACCCCGAAUCAAGCGCGCCGCAGCCGUGGCGUUUGUCAAUGCCGUCGCCAAUACCUCGCAGGUUUGGACUUCGUACUUGUGGCCUGAAGAGGAUGCGUCCCGCUACGUCAAGGCCAUGUCCGUUAAUAGUUCGUUUGCGCUGCUGGCCAUUGCUGCCGCCUUUUUCAUGCGCAUGGUGCUCCGACAAGCGAACCAGAAGCUCGAUGACGGCGCCGACGUUGGCGAAGUCAUGAGGGGCGAGGCUCAGGCAGAGAUUGUCGGUCUCAAUGAGGAAGAGCGACUGGCGAGGCGCAAGGCUUUUCGCUACAUCACUUGA